AUGCGCGGUACAACAAAGUGGGAGUUCUGCAAGAAGCAAAACGCCGAAUGCAGUGGAUUUAGCCAUAGCCAGGACGCCGAGUCAGCUUCCCAGCCUUUUGAUCGCUCUGGCACGAUGGUCGGACCCAAAGAAAUGUCGAAUGAUUCACUCUAUGAUAGAUGCGGGUCUGGGAAGGACAAGGAAGAUGAUGCUCUGUGUGUCCAGCAAGGACAUGGAACUUGCUAUGGCCGCUGA